UGCUAACCCUCGCCAGCCACCACCUCCACGAUCACCCCCUCCUCUCGCAACGCAGAGCCACAAAGCCCACUGUCUGCACCUCUCAGCCUCAGUGUGAAGAUGGUUGGCGGUUCGUGCGCUCGCAGGUUGGCUCGCCGCUCACGGUCUGCCUUGAUCGCAGCUCUUACUGUAUUACUGGUGCAGACACUCAUAGUAUGGAACUUCAGUAGCCUGGACUCGGGAGAAGAAAGGGAAAACGGCGGCUCCAACAUCAGAGACAAGAGAGACAGGAUCGGUGGCAACAAAGCCGGCAGCGAGUAUCUGAAAAGCGGGUUUCAAGAGCAACAUCUUCAGCCUCACCUCGGAAAGGGAACCGUUCGACAUAAACAACAACCGGAUGGCUACUACUCCCACCGGCCGAAGGAGAAAGUGCGGGUGGACAGCAACAACGAGAACUCGGUGCCCAAGGACUUCGAGAACAUCGACAACAGCAACUUCGGGGCGCGGUCCCGCCCCCAGCGCCGCACGCCGGGCCAGCCCAAGGAGCGGCCGCAGGAGAAGGGACGGGGCCAGCCGGGGGCCGGCCUGAGCAAGGGCUCCAACGAGGUCAUCCAGUACGGCGAGGCCAAGGGGGCAGCCGCGCCCCCCCCGCAGGCCCCGCCCCCCCGCAACCGCUCGCACGCGGGGGGGCCCGGCCCCGCCCACCGCCCCCAGCAGCCCCAGCAGCACCAGCAGCACCGCCACCACCACCAGCAGGGCAAGAGGCCGGCCACGCCCGCGCCCGACAUCGUGUACGACCAGCCGCCCAAGUGCGAGAUCAGCGGCAAGGAGGCCAUCUCCGCCCUCUCCCGCGCCAAGACCAAGGAGUGCCGCCAGCAGAUCGCCGAGGUCUACUGCCGCCACAAGGAGGGCCAGCUCAUGCCCGAGAAGGUCUCCCGAUACUGCCCCCUGGAGGGCAAGGCCAAUGUGAAUGUGCAGUGGGAGGAUGACUCCAGCGAGAGCGUGCCGGCGGCCCCCGUGCGGAUCGCCUUCGUGCUGGUGGUGCACGGGCGGGCGUCGCGCCAGCUCCAGCGCCUCUUCAAGGCCAUCUACCACACCUCCCACUACUACUACAUCCACGUGGACCUGCGCUCCAACUACCUGCACAGACAGGUGGCGGCGCUGGCGAGCCAGUACCCCAACGUGCGGGUGACGCCCUGGCGCAUGUCCACCAUCUGGGGCGGGGCCAGCCUGCUCACCAUGUACCUGCAGAGCAUGAAGGACCUGCUGGCCAUGAGCGACUGGAGCUGGGACUUCUUCAUCAACCUCAGCGCUGCCGACUACCCAAUCAGGACCAACAAUCAGCUGGUCGCCUUCCUGUCUAAAUACCGAGACAUGAACUUCAUCAAGUCUCACGGAAGAGACAACGCCCGCUUCAUCCGGAAGCAGGGUCUGGACCGCCUCUUCUUCGAGUGCGACACGCACAUGUGGCGUCUGGGGGACCGACGGAUCCCCGAGGGCGUCUCGGUGGACGGCGGCUCCGACUGGUUCCUGCUCAACCGCAGGUUCGUGGAGUACGUGAUCACCUCCCAGGACGACCUGGUGACCAGCAUGAAGCGCUUCUACUCCUACACCCUGCUCCCUGCCGAGUCCUUCUUCCACACGGUCCUUGAGAACAGUCCUCACUGCGAGAGCAUGGUGGACAACAACCUGCGCAUCACCAACUGGAACCGCAAGCUGGGCUGCAAGUGUCAGUACAAGCACAUCGUGGACUGGUGCGGCUGCUCACCCAACGACUUCAAACCGGCCGACUUCCACCGCUUCCAGCAAACUGCCAGACCCACCUUCUUCGCCCGCAAGUUCGAGGCCAGCGUCAACCAGGAGAUCGUCAACCAGCUGGACGGCUUCCUGUUCGGGGGCCUGCCCGCGGGCACGCCGGGGCUCAAGGCCUACUGGGAGAACGCGUACGACGAGCCGGACGGCGUGCACAGCCUGACCGACGCCCAGCUCACCCACUUCCACGCCUUCGGCCGCAUGGGCCUGGCGCGCGCAGACAGCUCCCUGCAGGGCGACCCCGACGACAGCAGCUGCAGGUACUUUCCCAUGGGCCACCCGGUGUCCGUCCACCUCUACUUCCUGGCCGAUCGAUUCCAAGGGUACCUGGUUCGCCACCACGCCACCAACCUGGCCACCAGCAAGCUGGAAACCCUGGAGACCUGGGUCAUGCCCAAGAAGUCUUUCAAGAUCGCCAACCCGCCCAACAGCUUCACCCGGCUGCAGUUUGCAGAGAUUGGCACAGAGUGGGACGCCAAGGAGAGAAUGUUCCGGAACUUCGGGAGCCUGAUGGGGCCGACGGAGGAGCCGGUGGGAAUGCAGAAGUGGGGCAAAGGGGCCAACGUGACGGUGACGGUGGUCUGGGUGGACCCCACCAACGUCAUCGCCGCCACCUACGACAUCCUGAUCGACGCCAGCGCGGAGUACACGCACUACAGGCCCCCGCUCAACCUGCCGCUGCGGCCCGGCGUCUGGACCGUGCGCGUGCUCCACCACUGGAGCCCCGUGGCCGAGACCCGCUUCCUGGUCACCCCCCUGGCCUACAGCAAGCACCAGCCCAUCCGCCAAGAGGAUGCCCUCAGGUUCCACAACGGCCCGGCCAAGAACAGCUACAUGGAGCAGAGCUUCCACGGGCUGAACCCGGUGCUCAACAUCCCCGUGCACCUGGGCCAGGUGGAGGCGGCCAAGCGCAACGCGGGGCUGACGGGGGCGGAGCUGGAGCAGUGGGUGGACAGCCUGGUGCGGGAGACAUGGUCGGCGGUGGACGUGUGCUCCACGGGGCCCAGCGCCUGCCCCGUCAUGCAGGCCUGCUCGAAAACCAUGUGGAGCUCCCUCAGCCCCGAUCCCAAGUCUCACCUGGGGCCGCCCCGGCCUGACGGGCGCAUCAGGUAGCACCCUCUGCUGGCCUGGAGGCUCCGCGGCGAUCACGGUUGUUUUUUAAAUUAUGAUUUUAAUUUUUCUUUUUUUGCCAUCCCUUAUUGAAAGAUGAAGUGCAUUUUUAUACAUUUUUAAGACAUUAGUCAGAAAACAGAAUGAAAUGACAGCACAAAUCUGCGGGGUGUUCUGCAAAGGGUUUAGAGUAUUCCCUUCUGGUCUGAUAGGUUCUUAGGUCUUAUUUUCUUGAGUAUUUUUACAUUUUUUUGCGGACUAUACUGUGAUUGAUGCUUUGGUUCCUGCAUUUGGAUGAGAGGAUGGCAGCGCUGUAGAAUGUCCACAGCGUGCUGCUGAAUUAAGAGACUUAAAAACUAUCUCAGAAUGCAGCUAGCGUAGAGUGCACAUUAAACACUGGUAGCCAGACCAAAAGGGAACCUCGUCUCGGCAGAACUUACUGUCACACACUCCAGAGACGCCCCAACGCUCCUCCAAACAGCCGCACAGAUUUAUUUGAAAAGCUCAAAUCCUGUCCACAACCGGCCUGGCAGUGUUGGUUGCUGGUGGCAGGAUCACAGGCACAGCACUACUAAACAGCUGUCGGGGUUUAGAGCCGAGAUGCGGAGCGUACGCCUGGGCUGGCAGUCCGCGGCCCUUAGGCCCAGAUGCAGUAAGACCCCCGGGCAGAGGGGGGGCGCUGUAGGUACGCGUCGACCCUUUGCUCACCCAGACUGCCUGAAACUUGAAGUGCGGGCGUGUCAGCUGUGCUGGCACAAGGAGAAAAACUCCUCAAACUGUUUUCUUUCUUUUUAUCAGUUUAUUUUAUUAUAUGUUACGCUUUUUGUUUUGUUUUUUUCGACCAAGCUGGGGAAAAAAAUCUGAAAGAAAUUAGUGUCGGGUUGUAAAAUGAGUAAUGAGUAGCUAUUUAUUUAUAAGUUUAUAUAAAUACAAAUAUUUUUAGUCAAUGACUAAUGACUUCACGCUGCUUUUGCAGCUUGGUGAAUAUUUUUUGUAAACGAGCUGCCUUUAUUUACAAAGGCCAUCGCCCCAAACCAGUACCUGUAGGCAGAGUCCUGUGUCUCAGUGUAGUCCAGUCUCAGUAGAGUUGCUAUAGCGCUAUAUUACAUAUUACAAGCACAUUACAGGUAACUUUGCUGGGGGCUUACAGGUCAGCCGAUCCUUCCAACCUCUCUGGUUUGAAAAGUUUAAAAAAAAAACAUUAAAAAUGAAGAUUAAUGUUG